CUUGCUGGCCCGGCCGUCUCCGCCUCAAGUCACUUCAUGGAUUUCUCGCAGCUACUUUGAUCUAGUCUUUGGACGAGGCCGAUUCCCAAUUCGUCACAACUAUGCUCCCGAUCGCCGAUGUUUGCGAACCGAGUCUCGGAUUGACAUCAGACGAAGGCACGCCUGUGCAUUGGACUUCCGCUUGGCGCUAGAUGCUCUGCACUUGUGGCGGAAAGCUCAAAGCCGGGACGGCGCAGCAAGCUCAUAGCCGUUCUCAGACAGAGGUCAUGAGUUCGAGACGUAGUCAUAAAUCCACAACCAAAGGAGAAUCAUGAAUCGGACAAUAUUGUUCGAUCAUCGGCAUCAUAAUCCUUCGGUCCAUUUACUGCACCUAUCGUAAGCGUCUUCAAUGCCAUGUUACUCAGGACUAAGAUAGAGUUCGAUAUUCUUUCACACGAUAUUUCAAUCUUGUCUCUAUGGUGCGUAGGAUGUCGAUGUCAGCUGGGUUCUUACAACAUUCUUUUGCAGCGAACUCAAUACUUAAGUCUUGCAAAAAGACGACUAAAAUUCAUGUGCCAUCGUUUGAGGCAUCUAGAGUUUGCCUCUAUGCAAAAUUGAUGUACAUGUGCACUUUAGUGGCAGUUAUGUUUUCUCAUUCAGAAACAUUCCAUAUCCAGUAAAAUCUUGUUCUGAGAG